AUGUUAGGUGAAUGGGGUGAUUUUGCAUAUUUAAAGAACGUUCCAUGGAAGGCAAUUGAUGAAAUAAUUAAAGUCGAGAAAUUCAACAAACCACUGAGUGACGUCAUCUCUCUAGACAGGAGACUUCCGGAUUAUAGAAUCAAGGAGUGUAGUUCCCUAACUUACCCUGAGGACCUCCCACAAGCCAGUGUCAUCAUUGUUUUCUGCAACGAGGCCCCAUCCGUCAUCUUGAGGACGGCCCACAGCGUCGUAAACAGGUCACCCCCUAGGUACCUAGCCGAAGUUAUCUUAGUGGAUGAUUUUAGUGAUAGAGAUCUCCACGUCAUCAAACCCCACCUACAGCAAAUCUACCCCGACGGAAUCGUCAAAUUGCUGAGAGCAGACAAGAGGUUGGGUCUCAUAAGGGCAAGAAAUUUUGGCGCCAAAAAUGCAGUUGGAGAUGUGGUUGUGUUCCUGGAUGCGCACUGUGAAGUUACGAUACAAUGGUUGGUUGAGCCACUACUCUCUCGAAUACAAGAAAGUAGAACGACCGUCGUCUGUCCACUGAUUGACAUGCUCUGCUCCCACACUUUCCACUAUUCCAUGAAUGGGGGCGGAGCUAUUGGAGGGUUCAAAUGGGACAUGGCGUUUGAUUGGAUGAGUGUGCCAAAAAGAGAAUGGCAGAGGAUGACUAGCCCAACUGAUUAUUUGAGAUCACCCGCCAUGGCAGGGGGUCUGUUUGCGAUGGACAGAAAGUUCUUCUUCGAGUUGGGGGGCUACGAUGAAGGAAUGAACAUCUGGGGUGGAGAAAAUGUUGAAAUAUCAUUGAGGAUAUGGCGGUGUGGUGGCACGUUGGAGUUUAUCCCCUGCUCUCGUGUUGGCCACAUGUACAGGCAUCAGUUCCCUUACAAAACAGACCGUGCGUAUUUGAGUCUGAACCUGAAAAGAGUGGCUGAGGUCUGGCUGGAUGACUACAAGAGAAUAUUCUAUCUCAACAGACCUGACUUGAAAGAAAAAGAUGCCGGUGACCUGACAAGUCGCCUAAAACUCAAGGAAGAUUUGAAGUGCAAAAGUUUCAAGUGGUUCUUGGAUAAUGUCUUUCCAGAGCUGUUUGUGUUUGAUGAGAAUGUUCUUGCUUAUGGAAGUGUUAGUAAGUGA